AUGGCUGUGUCGAUACAGGACCGCACCGACGAGUUCCGCUCGAUUCUUGCACAGGCUCGUCGGCGGCAAGCGCAAUCCAAGACGGGCGCGCAACGGCAGUCGCUCCUCACAGCACAAGAGAAGACACAGGCAGAUGCCAACCCCCGGCGUCAGCGCUCUGAAUUUGCGCGCAAUGCGGCCGACGUCGCGCGGGGUGUUGCGAGCACCAUGCAGAAGCUCGAGCGCCUUUCACAGCUGGCCAAGCGCAAGACGCUGUUUGACGAUCGGCCAGUUGAGUUUGACGAGCUCACCUUUGUCAUCAAGCAGGACAUGACUGCACUGUCAGGCCAGGUGCGGGCACUGCAGCAGAUGAACUCGAAGCAACACCCCAAGGCGAAACCCGGUGUGGACCAAGAAGGAGAGCACAACGGCCAAGUCGUCAAGCUGUUGUCCGACAAACUAACCAACGUGGGGACCAACUUCAAGGACGUUUUGGAGGUGCGAACAAAGAACAUGCAGGCAUCGCGAUCCCGCACGGAGCAAUUCCUGUCAACAGCUGCGCAGCAAUCCCACAGCAACCUCGAGCCAGGCCGGACAGAUUCUCCACUUUACCAAACACCCCAGCGAGGUCGAUCACCAGGAGGCUUCGCCCGGAAUACCAAUGCAGCGCAGCAAGACCUGCUCUCGCUCGAACCUUCUGGGUCGUCAGCUCUGACGCGAGGCGCACCGCAAUCGGACGCACAACUACUGCUCAUGGAAGAGGCCCAGCCCCAGAACGCAUACAUUCAAGAGAGGGGGCGAGCAAUUGAGUCGAUAGAGUCUACUAUUCAAGAACUAGGAGGCAUCUUCAGCCAGCUCGCCCAGAUGGUGUCCGAACAAGGAGAACAGAUCCAGCGCAUUGACGCCAACACCGAAGACGUUGUAGACAACGUCGAGGGUGCCCAGCGUGAGCUGAUGAAGUACUGGAGCCGCGUGCAAGGCAACAGGUGGCUUGUCGCAAAGAUGUUUGGUGUGCUGAUGAUUUUUUUCUUGCUCUGGGUCCUUAUCUCUGGGUAG